AUGAAACCUCAAGCAGCAUCUCCUGCGCAUCCUCUCGCGUUACAUCACAUAACCCAACCCCAGAGCUGUGAGGGGCCGGGAUUCAGCAUUCUCUCUCUCUCUCUCGCUCUCUUCAUCACAGUCAAAUUCCCAGCAGUCCGCACGUAUAUCGAUCCUCACACCUACGAAGAUCCCAACCAGGCCGUCCACGAGUUUGCCAAGGAGAUUGAUGUGUCCUGUAUCACCAUCGAGCGGGUUAUUGGAGCCGUCAAAUUCCCAGCAGUCCGCACGUAUAUCGAUCCUCACACCUACGAAGAUCCCAACCAGGCCAUCCACGAGUUUGCCAAGGAGAUUGAUGUGUCCUGUAUCACCAUCGAGCGGGUUAUUGGAGCCGGUGAGUUCGGUGAGGUGUGCAGCGGUUUGCUGCGGCUGCCAGGGAAGAGAGAGAUCCCAGUGGCCAUUAAAACUCUGAAAGCCGGUUACACCGAGAAGCAGAGGAGGGAUUUCCUGGGCGAGGCCAGCAUCAUGGGCCAGUUCGAGCAUCCCAACAUCAUCCACCUCAAGGGGGUCAUAACCAAGAGUAAACCAGUGAUGAUAAUAACAGAAUAUAUGGAGAAUGGAUCCCUGGACACCUUUUUGAAGAAGAACGACGGUCAGUUCACUGUCAUCCAGUUGGUCGGCAUGCUGCGUGGCAUUGCUUCUGGCAUGCGCUACCUCUCUGAGAUGGGCUAUGUGCACCGUGACCUGGCUGCCCGCAACAUCCUGGUCAACAGCAACCUGGUGUGUAAGGUGUCCGACUUCGGCUUGUCGAGAGUGCUGGAGGACGACCCAGAGGCGGCCUACACAACCCGCGGAGGAAAGAUUCCCAUCAGGUGGACGGCUCCAGAGGCCAUCGCCUACAGGAAGUUCACCUCAGCCAGUGACGUGUGGAGCUACGGUAUUGUGAUGUGGGAAGUGAUGUCGUACGGCGAGAGACCAUACUGGGAGAUGAGCAAUCAAGACGUGAUAAAGGCAGUGGAGGAGAACUACAGGCUGCCGGGCCCCAUGGACUGUCCGACCGCCCUCUAUCAUCUCAUGAUGGACUGCUGGCAGAAAGACAGGAACAGCCGGCCCAAAUUUGAGGAGAUUGUCAGCUUACUGGACAAACUCAUCCGCAAUCCCAGCAGCCUGAAGGGUCUAGUUAACUCAUCGAACAGAGUGUCCAAUUUAUUAGUGGAGCAUGGGAGCCCUGAGGGCUGUGUAUUCAGAUCGGUGGAGGAAUGGUUAGAGGCCAUAAAAAUGGGUCGAUACACUGAGCUUUUCAUGGAAAGUGGAUACACUUCUCUGGAAGUCGUCACUCAAAUGACCUUGGAAGAUCUUAGGAGGGUUGGAGUCACUUUGGCCGGCCAUCAGAAAAAGAUCCUCAACAGCAUUCAGGAGAUGCGAGUCCAAAUGAUGAACGCCACUAUGCCCAUCUGAGAGCGGCCUCAGAGGAACCUCCAUCAGCAGCCUAGCACUUUCUACAGACACUUAUUUAUUGAACGGAACUAUUUAAUGAAAAAUUUGACAUUGAUGAAAAAAAAA